AAUGCUUGUUAUUGGGAGCUUUUCUAGCAUAACAGCACUAGUCAGAGUUUACACAUUGGCCUUCCAGGUCUUAGGAAUUACUGCCGUAAUGGAAGAUCGGAAGCCUGUAACAUACUGCUUCCCCCACCACUGGGUUCUUUUUGAGCUUCUGAAUUGCUGAAAGAUGAGAUGAGAAUUGCAACGAAGCCUGGAGGAGCAUGCGCUUUCUUUAUGCCGCGAUGCUACUUAGCGCACUCUGCUACCAGAAGUCGUCUUUAUCUCCGCCCACAGGAAGGAAGAAUUGGGCUCAAAAUUCCUCAGCAGGUGAAGCGAAGAGGCUGACUCUUUCACCUCUUUAGGAGAGCGCUUUUAUUCUACUUCAAAUAUCACAGCUGUGCUCCCCUCGUCCAAUCAGCAGGCAUUGCGGGCGACCGGAUGUCCUUUCCCUCUCCCGAAGGCACCCAAUCUGGAGCCUUUUCGGUGUGUUCAGUCGUACCGCCUGGGCGGAAAGGGCGGGCCUCAUUGCACAGAACCCUGAGGGAGAGUCGCGAAGAAGCUUCUUGCGCCUGCGCACAGUGACCCAGUUUCCUUUUCAUCUUUCUCCCUCUACCCUCGGUCAAUCUUCCUGCCACUACUGAGCACAAUACGAAGGGAAGGCGUAGAGUUCGGCCGCCGCCUGGGCCGCUCUUUGCUCCGCGAGGCAGCCUCUUGUUUGGGUAGAGAAGAGGUAGGCUAAGCUUUUCCCUCAGGGCUCGCCGUUGUUAGUCUAGUUGAUGCUGGGUCGAAGAUCCCUUGGAGCUCUGAGACAGGGGAGAGAAGGAAAGGAGGCAGAUCUGCUCCCGGUUCUGUUUGGCCGUUGGUCUCCAAGGCUUCGUCUAGAGCAGGUUGCGGGCUGCGGGGUCUCGGGCCAGCUGUCAGAAUAGCAGCUGGAGCAAGGGCAGCGCUGUCUGCCAGCGGCUGUGGAAGAGAGAGGGGCGGGAUUCGCGCCCUCUAGUAGGGGGCGGGGCUUGUGGAACGCGUCGUCACAGCCCCUCUCCUUCCUUCUUACCCUCCUCCUGGGGCCCAUCCCACCUAAUAUUCCGGACCCUACUUCCCUCACCGCGUUUUCGCGAGGAAAGCGCUUUGUAAAUCUUAAAGCGCUAAGAAAAACGUUUAUUUUGGUAAGAAUGAGGUCCCAUUCUGAGUAUUCAUUUGGAUGACACCUGUGGCUCUCCUGAUAACAUUUCCUUUUGCUGGUGACAUUUAAAAAAAAUCUUAUCUCCACCAUUCUCAAUUUUGUGAGCAGGAUUUAAGUGUGAUGGAAAACUUUCGACUAAUAGCUGAUGAAUCAUUUCCAAGUCCCUUAACUAAUUCACUGACCAGUAACAACAGCAGGAUUUUAGAAAAUAUCAGCUUUUCUUCGAAUCUUGGCCUACCAGUCGCUGUUUCAACAGUUGAUAGAAAUAGAUACUGCUGUGAUGAUAGAUACUCUUCUAUUCAGGCAACUUACAUAGGAGGAGAGAGAUUUUCAAUUGCUUCUGAAUCAUCUUAUGGUAGUCAGUUAGACUUUGAACCAAAAGAGAAGUUUCAUCUUAGCUACUGGGAUAGGAUGCCAGAUGUCAAUAGACUUUCUGGAAAUCAACGAAUAUCAGAUACUUUCAAGAAAGAACUGUCUUACCAGAGUGAGAAUAUCGACACAUUGCCAGAUGAGAAUAUUAGAGCUGAACAUUCCAUUCAGGGCAAAGAUAGUUUUGGAAGGAUUUCAUCACUGGAUCAGGUGAAAGAUUUAUCCACUGAUGUGUGUUUCUUCCCAGAUUUGAGAAGCAGAGAAAGCAAGAUCAAUCCCCGUAGACCAUUAUUUGAUGAAGAAGGAAGCCUUUUGGAAAAUGAGAAGUUAAUAUCAUUUAGAAGCUUGGGAGACUCUUCUGAUGAAGACAUUGAUGAUGAAGAGUUUUAUGAUGAUCAUUUGGAAGAGUAUUUUCAACAGUUAGCAUUCCCAGAAAUGCUAAGAGAAGAUCAGGAAGAACAGGAACUUUUGGAAUCUAGCCCAACUUUUAAGCAAUCAAGUGAUCAGACCAGCCAGGUGAAUGCAAAUAAUAGUCCAAGCUAUAGACCCAAAUCUGAAGAUAACAUCUCUGUGUAUUCUCUUGGAACACAAAUUGUUAUGAAAUCUGAACUUAACUCCAGACAGAGUGAAGAGAGUCCUGAGAAUGAAGGCUGUACUGAAGAAAAAAGAAUUAUGGAUAAUGUGCCAUUGUUUCCUUCUAAUACUUGGGAAAUUGAAGAAAAUGGAUUAAGAGAAGAAAAUGAUGGUUCAUUAUGUAAUCCUUCAGUGAAUAAUGUCCCAUACUGCAAGAACACAAAUAUCAAUCAAGGCAGUUUCGAUCUUCACUCCUUAAAAUUGGGAAUACAGUCUGCUCAUAAAAAUAAGACUGUAUCAGAUUCUGAAGCAGCUGAUGGAUCCUUAGAUGAUACUAUAACUCCAAAAAUAUCCAUUCAGAAAUAUGUGGAUGCAGAUUCUGUGGAACUUCUUGAAAAUGGAUUUAGUUCAGUUGAUGCUUACUGGUCACCUACUACUGAUAGGAGGAUUUGUGAAAAUUGGAAUUCCAGUGAAAAGAAGAAAAAUGGUGCUCUACCACACAGUGUGGUCUAUCAAAAUGAAGAAGGUAAAUGGGUGACUGAUCUUGCUUAUUAUACUUCUUUUGAUGAAGAAAAAGAUUUAAAUCUUUGUAGAGAUAAUGAAGGAAGUGAAAAGUUCAGAACUGGAUCUGAAGCAAUUGCUUUGAUUGCUCAAGAUGAAGAAGAAUUUGAAAGAGAACACAGAUUUAUGCAGGAAGAGAAAAUUGAUCUUCAAAACACUUCAGGUGCUCUAGGGGAUACAUCAUGGAGUGCAUCUGUUAAUUAUAAUUUGUUGAGGAGAUCACUGACCACAUCAGAUAUGGCUGGAGAUGAUGCCAGUUAUUUGCGACUUUCUUUAGGGGAGUUCUUUGGUCAGAGAUCUGAAGCACUUGGCUGCCUUGGAGGAGAUAAUAAUGUAAAAAGGCCAUCGUUUGGUUACUUUAUUACAUCUCCAGAAAAAAGAGAACCUGUAGCUCUAUUGAGGGAAUCUGAUGUGUCAGCAGACAAUUUAGAACGAGAUCAAGAGCAGCAUGUUCUCUUUUCAGAAGAUGUAAAAGAAAAAUCCAGGAAGCCAGUAUGUGAUGGAUCAGUCACAUUUAACAUUGAUGAUUUGGAGACCACUUCACAAACAGAUGAAAAUAAAAAUUUUAAAGAAAGAACAGAGGAUACUUUGGUCCACAAAAGCAACAAUGAAAGAUAUGAGAGCAAGAUUCCUGAUAGUAGUGAUACUAUACUCAAUAUAAGUACCAUUGCUUCAGCUAUUGCUAAUGCUUCAGUGAGUGCUGAUCCUUCCCAAUUAGCUGCUAUGAUAAUGGCACUUUCAAAUAAAAACAAACAGAAGAUUUUUCUAGAAGCUAGUAAUAAAGAGAGGGACUUGUCUUUUGUGAAUCAAAUGCUCCCUAGUCAUUUAGAAAGUAAUGGAACCAAUACAUUUGAUAUGGAAAAAUACCUCAAAAAAACAGAAGUUAGUAGACAUGAAGGCAAUUCUGAUAACUUUUUGAGAACUGGAUUAUCAGGUUUCUGGAAUUUUUCCUUAUCCAAUAAACAGACCACACAAGAUUUUCUUGAAGUAGAUGUACACACUGACAGUGUAAAUGUAAGGGAAGCAGAAGAGAAUCCAGAUGUUAUUUCUAGUAAAGAAACAGAAAUAAUAAGUCAGGAGUCAUUUGGUGUAUCUGACUUAAGUAAAAAUAUUGAAAAACACUGGGAUAACAAACAGUGUAUAGAGAAUAUUCCUGAUAAGAUGAUGACUAAACAUUUAGUACCCAAAACAACCUUGGCAUUUGGUAGAAGUAAUGUAAGAGAAUCCUUAAUGGAUGAUAGUUCAGAGAAUGAUAUUUCACUCAAAGCUAAAUCUUCCUCAUUAAAGCAGAUUGCGAGCAACGAAAUGAGUCCUCUAAAUUCACUCCUUAUUAAUGGGGAUAGAGAAACAGUUGAUAAGAUAUUUUCCACUAAUGCCAAAAUACCAGAUGUUGGUAGAUGUGAAAAACCUGUAUUGAUCCACACCCCAAAGCCUUGUAGUUAUUUGCCAAUAAGGAAUUCUACCACAAUGUUGAACUGGACAUCUAUAGAAUGUAAAGAAAUGCAUGAUGGAGAAACUCAGAAGCGAAAUGAGAGCAAUUGUGAGCCACACAGAAGUGACAAACAUCUGAUCUUUGAAAAAUCUUCUGCUAUUGGAACAAACCACUGUUUAACAAAUUUGAAAGAUAUUUCUCCUAAACGUGAUCUACAGUGUUUAGAAGAUGAACAAUUUAGCUUCAGACCUUCAACUUCACCACUGAUUCAUUCUUCUCCUAGUGAAGUUUCUGAAACACCUAUUUCAGGACUUGAAUCAAAUUUUCUUAGCUCAUCAAUUCAUCUUCAGAAACCUUGUGAUAGUAUUUUAUCCCAGUCCGUAUAUUCAAGUCCAAGUAUGGCUCGGUUAACUUAUGUCUCUGUCCAUGAUAGCGUGGCUGGUGAUAUUUCUGGGAACAGUCAGAGUGAUGCUCCUAGUGAACUUAGUACAACAAUUGUUCGAGCCAGUCCAACUCCUUUGGAAGAGCAAGCUGUAGAAAGUGUCAAAGAAAAGGAGCCAUUACAAAACAAUGAUAAAAUCUCAAGUGUUAAUCCAAGCAGUGUGAAUAAGAACACAGAAACAGACCGACCUAUUACUUGUGAUGACAAAGUUGAAGAUAUACUAUCAAACUCUAAAGUUUCUGAAAACUCUUCUCUUAAAAGCACCCAGCAAUUCACUCAUGAUGAGUUGGGCCAAGUAAUUGAGACUUUACCAAGCAAAUCAUGCGCCUUCCAUCCACCCAUGUCAGCUAAAAUAGAUACACCUGUGUCUUGCCAGGACAGAGUGACCCAAAGUCAAGAAAUAACCUCUACACAUAUGUUACCACUAUAUAGUGGUUCAAGCAGCCACUUUCCAUUGCCUCAGAAUACUUUGGGCGAUCAAUAUGUGUCAGUUCCUGGUAUUAACUCUCAGGCUCCUGCUUCUGAAAUGCAGUCUUUGUCUGGUGCAGUCCCCACACUCCUUAAUAGGAAUUCUCUUACCACACCACCAUUUAAUGCACAGCAAUAUUUGGGAACUGCAUCAACAGGAAAUGUUGCUUUGCCUCAAUAUCAUAUCAGCAGUUCUACAGUUUGUGGUCAUUCAGGAGGAUAUCCUUGUACUGCCAUUCCAGGAGAACAUAUUCAGAAUUCUGUUGCAGUGGGAAUGUUUCUAGGACAUAAUGCUGGUUCUGGAUUACUGGGUCCUACUUCUCUUUGUAAUGCUCAUUCUAAUACUUUAAAUCAGAAUCUUUUAAGUACUACAAAACUGUUUUCUGGGCCACCCAUUGGAACUUAUGGAAUUGAACCAUGGGAAUCACGAAUUGCAUCAAGGUGUGGCAAUGUCAGAGUUCCUGAAGAGCUGAAGUUUCCUCAUGCAUGUUGUGUGGGCAUUGCUUCUCAAACCAGUCUUAGUAUUUUUAAUCCCACUGAUCGUUGGUCACAAGUCAACAUUGGAAUACUUUGCAUUACUGUUGAUGGUGAAAAGAUAGAUCUCUCAACAUGCCGUUAUUUGGUUUUUAAGAAUAAAACUGUUAUAGGACCACAUUCUACGGAAGAAAUAAAAGUGCUUUUUAUGCCAACCCACCCUGGGAUUUUCAGAUGUAUAUUAAGAGUUUCUUCCUGGCCUGUUUCAUCAGAUCUGGAUACAAUAGCACAGGCAGAAGCUUUAGCAAGUAGGGUUGUUUUAACAGCUAUUGCUGAAAAUCCUGUGAUAGAGGUGGAACCAGGCAAGGCAGACAUCCUUGAUUUUGGAGAUCUAACUUAUGGAAGUUGGAAAGUUCUUCCAUUAAAGUUGAUAAAUAAGACUCAUGCUGUUAUUCCAGUUAGGCUCAUCAUCAAUGCAAAUGCUAUAGCUUGGCGUUGUUUUACAUUUUCUAAAGAACCAGUUAAUGUUGCUUUAGAAACUGCUUUUCAAAGUGAUCUGAUUGCUCAGCUCAUAACUCCUUCUGUUAUAAACCACAUCAUGUAUGCCAGUCGUGAUGGACAUGAGCUAGAAUUUCUGAAGAUUUGGGUUAUUUUCCAUAGUCCAAAAAAACAAAUCUCUCCUUCAGGGAACCUGGGCCCAGCAGAAGAAUUUUUAGCAAGAAUUGAUGUGGAAGUUGAUAGCCCAAGCCCUACUACUGUUAUUAAAAGUAUUGCUCUUCGAGCAAGAGUAGGAAUAGCUAGGAUACAUGCUCCAAAAGACUUGCAGAGUAUGCAUUUGUUUGCCAGUGUGGGUUCAUCAACAAAGCAAUUUCUGCCUUUGAAAAAUGCUGGAAAUAUUGAUGUCUAUUUAAAUAUUAAGAUUUCAGAUCAAUUCAGUUACUUUUCUGUAAACCCAGAGAAUCUUUUUCUUAAACCUGAAGAGGAACAAGAAAUUGCAGUUUCCUUUACUCCGAAGGAUUUCGAAACUUGUGAAGAAAGCCUCUUGAAAAUACUAGUGCAGCCAUCUGGGCCUCAGUAUGAAGUAGUGUUGAAAGGUGAAGUAGAUUCUUCAGGAAACAAGUAUCAGACAUCUGCUCCUUCAUCUCACUACUCAAAUGUUCCACCUAUUUUAUCUAACAAGCAGUUCAUGACAUGGGGAGGUGUUGCACUUGGAAGAACACAUCUUCAGAAACUAGCGCUCAGAAAUAACUCAUCAACUACAACUCAGCAUUUACGUCUGUUGAUAAGAGGACAGGAUCAAGAUUGCUUUCAGCUUCGUAAUACUUUUGGUUUAGAAGAACAACUAACAAGUAACUGUGAAAUCAGAAUUCAUCCAAAAGAGGACAUUAACAUCUUCUUAUUGUUUGCACCAACCCGAAUAUCUUGUAUGCUGGCUAAACUUGAAAUUAAACAAUUAGGAAUUCGAUCACAACCAGGCAUUAAAUUCAGUAUACCAUUGUCUGGAUAUGGAGGAACAAGUAAUCUCAUUUUGGAAGAAGUUAAAAAACUCUCAGAUAGUUACAUGAUCAGAGUAAAUGACCCAGUACCUGGAAAAGGAAAUAGAAUUGUUUUCUCUGUGAGAAAUACAGGUUCUCGAGCAGCCUAUGUUAAAGCAGUUUGUUUUAAGGACUCUCAAGCAAAAGUUAUUUUGGAUCCUCAAGUGAUGAGAAUUUUGCCAGAUAAGUUUGUGCUCAAGGAAAGAGCACAAGAGAUUAUCACUUUAAUAUAUAAUCCAACUGAAAAGGAAAAAAAUUGUCAAACUACAUCAUUAUUGUCAACAAUAUAUUUCUUUGGUGGAGAUGAAAUAUUGAGGCAACAAUAUCGAAGAGCUCUGUUACAUAAACCAGAUGUGAUAGAACAAAUACUUCCAGAACAUAGCUUGCUGAAGAACAUUUGUUUUGAUGAAGCAUUUCAAGAUGAGCAGCUAAUAACUGAAGUGUGUGAUCUUCCUGAACAACCAAAUGAUGAUGUCCAGUGCUUUUAUGGAAACAUGCAUAAGAUUAUUCUUUCUGUGAUUGGUGACUUUACUGAUACAAGUUCUAAUCUUAGUUCUCUUCAGAAUUGUUUACAACACGUCUUAGCUUCUAACAGCAAAUCCAGAAAUUCUGAGAAACAUAUCAACAAUGUUUCUUUGGAUGUUCUUCCAGUUAAAGGACCUCAAGGUUCUCCCCUUUCUUCACAAGCUGCUGCUGAAACAGGUCAAAACACAGUAAUUUUUCAACAAACGUGGUCUGUUCAACCUGAGCACUUAAUUCUGAAAGUACCUUCUGUUUGUGGCAUGACAAAAACUGGACAUAUACAUAUUUUAAAUAAUUCUGUUAGGUCACUGAAAUUUGAACUCUCUUGGCCAGCUCAUUGUCUCACAAUAACACCACAGCAUGGAGUUAUUGACCCAGAAAGUCGACUAUUAAUUCUUGUAAGUCCUAAUUCGUCACUUGCCAUAAAGCCCUCACCAGUUCCGUGGAGUGGUUUGAUCUAUAUACAUUGUGACAAUGGACAAAAGGUUGUAAAGGUACAAAUUAGAGAAGACAUUACUAAGGAAGGUCCUUCAACCGUCUUGGCCUCUAAACAAAUUUUAACAUCUGAGUCUCCAGUGAGUCAUAUGGUAAAACCAUUUACAAAACCACCCUCGACAAAAGUUGAAAUAAAAAAUAAAACCAUCACUUUUCCUGAAACAGAACCUGGUGAAACCUCAGAAAAUUAUCUAGAACUUGAAAAUCAUGGUGAUGAAGAAGUAAAGUGGAAUUUAUCAUCUUUUGCUCCACCUUAUGUCAAGGAUGUUGAUGAAAGUGGAGAUGUCUUUAGAGCUACUUAUACAGCUUUCAGAUGUUCCCGUAUUUCUGGUACAUUAGUAGGUCAUGGAAAACAAAAGGUUGCUAUCACUUUUUUACCAAGAGAUAGAGGGAAUUAUGCUCAGUUUUGGGAUGUUGAGUGUUUUCCCAGUGCAGCAUCUCACAUGAAACAUACAUUGAGAUUUCAGCUAUCUGGAUUAAGUGUCAGUCCAGAGAAUGGAUUUGAAAGAAUUUCCACAGAUGCUCUUGUAAAAACAGAUAAUCUAGCUAGGCCCAGAAGACGAGCUGGCUCUGAGGCUUGUAUUCCUACAACUCGGCAUGUUGAUUUGGCUCAGCGAGGCGUUUAUGCUCCACAAGAUAUAUACAUAUUUCUUCCAGCUAGAGUUGGAGAAACAAGAACUGUAAAAGUCAAUUUACGGAAUAAUUCUUUCUCUACUCACUUGUUGAAGUUUUUAAGUCCCAGAGAGCCUUUUUCCGUCAAGCAUUCCAAAUAUUCUUUGAGAGCUCAGCAUUAUAUCAACGUGCCAGUCCAAUUCAAACCAAAGUCAACAGGAAAAUUUGAAAGUCUCUUAGUGGUUCAAACAGAUGAAGGCAAAAGUAUUGGUAUUCGACUGGUUGGUGAAGCUCUUGAAAAAGUUUAACUGGAAAAGCAGUCUGUGUAAAAUAAAUUGUUAUGGUAGCUUCCUUUUUUCUAUGCCAAAAUAAUGCUUUUGUAAAUGUUUUGUAUUAUAAAUUGAGCUAUGUGUAACAAUUUUGUUUUUACCAUAAUAUUGAAGACUACUGAUAUAUCAUGUUUCUCUUACAUUAUUACACAUUUUUACAAAGGAGGAAAAUGUUCUAUUUUUACAUUGAUUAUGAUUUGCCAAUAAAGAUUGUAUUUAUUUUAAUGCACUAUAUUCAGAAAUAAAGUUUUCUUUAUUGCAAAGU